AUGGAUGAUAUCACUAAAUACAUGUCUUCAUGGACUCCUACAAGUGUUCCCACAAAGACAACUUUGUCUUCUAUCGCAGUUACACAUGCACCAGAAUUAUAUGAAACAAUGAUUUCUGUUUACUCGAGGGUUGUUACAGAGAGAGACUGGGUGAAUUUACGUUCACUCUCUCAGGUUUUCAGAGGUGCACAAGCCUCAUUGACUAUCAUAUCUGCUGAACAGGUCUUGGCUACUGCAACCGAUUCUGAAGUUAUGGCUCAAGCAACCGAAGAAAUUUUCUAUGCUACAUUGAAUUUGAAGAAUUUGGCAUACCUGAAGAACUUGUAUAAAUAUUACUUGAGCCGUCCUGCUAAUAUUAUUUAUUUGGUUGUUUAUUUUCUUUUGUUUGCUUAUUUUGCAGUCAUGUCUAUAAAGUCAAGAUACUGGUGGUACAACGUUACAUUUGUUUGUGGUUAUGGUUUAGAAUUCAUUGGUUUCUUGGGAAGAGUGCUUGCAUUUACUGAUGAUACGCGAAUGCAAUUUUAUUUAAUGCAAAUUGUUUGUUUGACUAUCGCUCCAGCUUUUAUUAUGGCUGGGGUGUAUUUUUUGUUUGGUCAAUUGGUGGUUAUCCAUGGUAGGGAAUAUUCACGUUUGAAACCAUUAUGGUAUUCAUAUUUCUUUAUUGCUACGGAUGUCAUUUCAUUACUUAUUCAAGCCGGUGGUGGUGGUGCAGCUUCUGUAGCAUCAAAUAAUCAUACCGACACCAGACCAGGUACUAAUACUAUGAUUGCAGGUAUUGUUACUCAAGUGUUUGCUAUGACGGUGUUUUUAGUAUUUUGGUUUGAAUUCCUUGCCAGAAUUUAUUUUAAAAAUUCAAGAGUCGAACCAACAGACAGUCCAUUGGCCAGAAGAACAAUUGGCAAUUAUUUCAAGUUUUUAUUUAAUGUCAAAUUAGUUCGUGAAUACAGACAUAACCAUUUGGAGAAAUUCUACAACAAGAAAUAUGCUUUAAUUCGUCAGCGCAAAUUGUUUGAUUAUAUGCCAUUAGCAAUGACUGCUGCUGUCGUUGUCGUUUAUAUUCGUUGUGUAUAUAGAGUGGUAGAAUUGGCUGAAGGAUAUGGUGGUUAUUUAUAUAGUCACGAACCAUAUCUUAUGGUGUUGGAUGCUUGUAUGAUUGCUAUUGCUGGUAUAAUAUUUGUUCCAUUCCAUCCAUACUGGGUAUUUGGUAAAGAAAAUGUUGUUAAAUUGGCUACCAUCAAAAAGAACCAAGAUGAGCACCAUGAAGAAAAAGAUACCAUAUUAGAAUACAGCGAAGAAAAUUCUAAAGAAUAG